AUGGAAGAAUAUAACAAGAUUUUCAAGGAGCAGCUCGAACGAGGAAUCAUUGAACAGGUCCCGAAAAUGGAUUUACCAAAACACUCUCAUUACCUUUUGCAUCAUGGCGUAAUCAAGCAAUCCAGCGAAAAUUUGGAAAUUCGCUGCGUAUUCGACGGUUCAGCAAAACUGAAAGGAAGUUCGAAUAUAAACGAGAUUUUAUACCGAGGACCCGUACUACUUUCAAACCUUAUGGGGAUCUUGAUACGCUGCCAUUUUCCGAUGAUUUUGAUCACCAGCGAUUACGUUGAUAACGUCUUUCAUGCAGUCACAAGCAUCGAAGAAGUCAUGACUUACUACAGCGACUCCAGAGAGCUAUUUAUCCAAGCAGGAAUGAACCUACGCACAUACGUCAGCAACUCUCCUGAGCUCAACGAUUUUUUUAUAACCAAGGAAAAAUGCCAAAUCACAGCAGUCCAGAAACUCCUCGGAAUACACUGGGAUAUUUCCACUGAUGAAUUAUUCAUCAAUAUCCACCAAACACCGCCAGAAGAUAUCACCUAG